AUGAGAAGCAGCCCAAUCUUGCGACAGGGAUUGGAGGAAUGCCGCGUCUACUGGGAGAAUCUCCUGCGCGCCUGUGGGGAUAUGGGCGAUCUAGCAGAGGCCCGCCGGCUCCACGCGCGAGUUCUCGCCAGCGACCACUCGCGCAGCCGAUUCAUCGCCAAUCUCGCCGUCCAGAUGUAUGGGAAGUGUGGCAGCGCCCGCGAUGCUCGCCUUGCCUUCGAUGACAUAGAUGCUCCAAACGUUUUCUCGCACAGCAUCAUGAUCAGUGCAUAUGCCCAGAAUGGCCAUUUGGUGGAUGCACAGCGGCAUUUUGAUUCUAUGCUCGAGAGGAAUGAUGUUACUUGGAAUGCGAUGAUCGCUGGAUUCGGGCAGCAUGGAGCUCUUCCGGACGUGUGGAUUUUCUUCUCCCGGAUCCCUGCCAGGAACGCGGUGUCGUGGGUUUCGGCGUUUCAAGCAUAUGCCCAAAAAGGGCAUUUGCGCGAGGCGAAGAGCUUGUUUGAUCAGAUGCCCGAGCUGAGUGUGAUCUCGUGGAGCGCCAUGCUGACGGCCUAUGCCGACUAUGGGGACAUCCAAGACGCGAUCGCGUUGUUUGAGAGGAUGCCGGAGUGGAGUAUCGUGAGUUGGAACGCGAUGUUUCGAGCCUACGCAUGGAACUCGCGGCUCCGGGAAGCCGAGGAGAUGUUUCACCAGAUGCCCGAGUGGAGUGUGGUAUCGUGGACGACUUUGCUUCGAGCGUAUGCUCGGCACGGCCAGCUACACCGGGCGAAGGUUGUGUUUGAUGCCAUUGCCGAAAGGGACGCUAUUGCGUGGGUGGCGAUGAUCUCGGGCUAUGGCCAGGAGGGCUGCGUCCUAGAGGCUUUUGCGAUGUUUUCAAGAAUGCCCAAGUGGAACGCGGUGGCCGUGAAUGCGAUGGCUACUGCAUAUGCUGAGACGGGGUAUUUGCUGCAGGCGGAGGAGCUGCUCAGGUCUGUGCCUGAUCCGAAUUCCGUUUCAUGGACGCCGCUGGUCACCGCACUCGGAAUCCGAGGUGAAGCUGAAAAGUCCAAAGAGAUUUACGACGCUAUGCCGCGGCACGACGUCGUGUCCAAAACCGCUAUGCUUACCGUGUUUGCACAAAACCGGCAUAUUGACAAUGCCGACCACCUGUUUCGAGAGAUGGAUGUGAGGGAUUCGAGCUCUUGGUCAGCUAUUCUUGCGGGUUUCGUUCACAACUUAGGUCUUCCUGAAGCGAGAGAUGUUUUUGGAAAGAUGCCUUCGUGGGAUCUCGUCGCUUGGACGCUUUUACUGACAGCAAAUGCCCAUUGCGGGGAAUUGCAAGCUGCUCAAGAGGUGUUCGACCUCAUGCCAGACCGAGACAUUCUGGCUUGGAACGCGAUGCUGGCAGCGCUUGCGCAACAAGACCAUGGCGAAUCCUUCCGCGCUCUCGAGCUUAUGUGCCUUGACGGGGUCAAUCCAAACGAAUUCUCCUUCUUGAAUGUGCUGCUCGCUUGCAGCCACAUUGGCGUGCUCGUUGCCGCUCGAUACUACUUCCUGGCGAUGGCGGCGGACCACUGCCUUGCUCCGCUCAAAGCCCACUAUUUGUUUGUGGCUGACUUGCUUGGAAGAUCGGGACUCCUGUACGAGUCCGAGGAGCUUAUCCAUUCCAUGCCAUUUGCUGCAGACGAUGUGGCCUGGGGGAGCCUCCUUGGAUCUUGUAACGUUCACUUGGACGAGAAAAGAGCUGCACGGGCUGCUGAGAAGAUAGUGAAGCUUAAUCCAGACAUUUCUUCUCCAUAUGUGCUUCUCUCCAAUAUUUGUAUGAACUGA